AUGCCUGAUAACAUUCCACGGAGUCAACUACGCCGUCGCAACCAUAGUUCGCUCCAACUACCAUGUAGAAGUUGUCCAAGGUGGUUCAAAACUAUCGCCGGGCGAACAAAACAUCGCAUUUCAGCACAUCCCAUCCCGCCAGUACUACCUCAGGACAACCACCAACGCUCUCUGGAACCCAUCAUACCAGAGCCCCGUCUGCCAAGCCCACAGCCUCAUGUCGACCACGAUAUCGACAUGGAUGUGGAUGAAGGAUAUGCUGACUUGGAGCACCAACAUCAACCAUCGCCUCAACCAAACGUUGAUACGGAAUUCGUUGGGCCUGGGGAUCACCUGUAUCAAAACUAUCAUACGGGUCUCAAUGCCAGACCAUGCAAUGCGGAUGGUAUAUUCCUCCUCCCUGGCACUCCGCCCCCACCUUUGGAGAACGUAGCAACUGGCGACUGGACACCCUUUCGCAAUCGUACAGAAUUCGAAACGGCAGAGUUCCUGUAUACGCAAAAUCAGAUGCCGGCAGGUCAAAUCAACCGGUUGCUGGAUUUAUGGGCAUCUACCCUUGCGAAACAUGGCGACAAGCCGCCAUUCGCAGAUCAUCGUGAUCUGUACGACGUCAUCGAUAAUUCACCAUUUGGGGAUGUGAAUUGGCAAAAUUUUACAGUAACUUACGAUGGUGAGAGACCUGAAGAUGGUACCAAGCCGUGGAUGGACGACAAAUACGAAGUCUGGUUUCGUGACCCACGUGAAGUCGUGCGCAAUAUGCUUGCAAAUCCAACAUACGCCAGUGAAGUAGACUACUGCCCCUAUCGAGAAUAUUCAACCGAGGGCGACAAGCGCCAGUGGAAGGAUUUUAUGUCUGGUGACUGGGCAUGGGAUCAGGCAGAUGAAAUAGCUAAGGACCCGAGCACGCUCGGCUCUACGUUUGUCCCUGUCAUCCUUGGCAGUGACAAAACGACAGUUUCAGUCGGGACAGCCCAUCAUGAUGGAGUAGCAGUCAUUGGCUUCCUUGCUAUGCCGAAAACUACAAAGGAACAUGCUACCGAGGCAGUGUUCCGAAAAUUCCGUCGACAGCUGUUCCAUUCGUCACUCUCCAAGAUUCUCAACACGCUGAAACCAGGCAUGACAACCCCCGAAGUCACUCGUUUUGGAGACGGUCACUACCGUCGGGUUAUAUACGGACUAGGGCCAUACAUAGCAGAUUAUGAGGAGCAAGCACUGUUAGCAUGUAUCGUGCGUGGUUGGUGCCCUAAAUGUAUGGCAUCUCGCGAGGAUCUCGACGAAGAUGUGUUACGUCGUUGUCGCGAAUACACAGAAGCACUCGUUCAAGAAGGUUCCUUAGGUGACCUGUGGGAUGACUUUGGAAUAGUCGGGGAACUUGUAGCAUUUACGAACGACUUCCCCAGAGCUGACAUCCAUCAGAUGAUCUCACCGGAUAUUCUCCAUCAACUCGUCAAAGGAGCAUUCAAGGACCACCUCGUCGAAUGGGUCGAGAAAUACCUCAGACACACACAUACGAAACGAAAGGCGGAUCAAAUUAUGGAUGAUAUUGAUUGCAGAAUUGCCGCUGUCGCCUCAUUUUCAGGCUUGCGACGAUUUCCUCAGGGACGUGGCUUCAAGCAAUGGACAGGAGAUGAUUCGAAGGCCCUGAUGAAGGUCUACUUGCCUGCCAUCGAGGGUCAUGUACCCGUAGAUGUCAUGCGCACCUUUCGUGCACUUCUCGAAUUUUGUUACCUAGUCCGUCGUAACAUAAUCACAGAAGACACUCUAGUCGAAAUCGAAGACGCUCUCUCACGCUUUCACCAUUACCGUAACAUCUUCAGGACGACAGGAGUGGUUCCUACCUUUUCCCUACCUCGUCAACAUUCACUCAAGCACUAUGUCCAAAACAUACGAUUGUUUGCUGCACCGAACGGCCUCUGCUCAUCGAUUACUGAAAACAAGCACAUCAAAGCGGUCAAGGAGCCAUGGAGACGAUCCAGCCGUUAUAAUGCACUUGCACGAGCUGACUUCACACGUCGGGGAAUGUUAACUGGUACUUGCCUCUCAAUCAAUGAACUUGAUGAAAAUGUGCCGGCACCAGCACCAGCACCUCUGCUGAUCGGCAUCGAUGAGGACCUGGAAAUUGAUGAUGGUCCGACGGUUCUACAAGCUUAUGUCCAGCUGGCGAAAACACGCCAGGGCAAAAAACGUGCUCAAACUAUUCCUGCACUUGCCGAAGAACUCAAUAUUCCUAGUCUACCUGACCUCCUCAGACGCUUCUUAUUCCAACAGUUGCAUCCUAAAGAUCCUCGCGACCCAUCUAAUAUACCCCUCGCCGAAUGUCCCCUCUAUCUUAGCAAAAUCUCGGUCUUCAAUUCCGCAUCAUCACGAUUCUAUGCGCCGAGUGAUUUGAGCGGGAUCGGUGGUAUGCGUGUUGAACACAUUCGUUCUUGCCCCAUCUGGCGGAACGAGUACCAGCGCCAUGACUGUGUUUUCGUCAACACAGACUCCAGUUUGCCUGGCAUGCAAGGCCUCGAAGUCGCCCGUGUUCGUGCAUUUUUCUCAUUCAGGUACCGGGGCAGGUUAUAUCCCUGCGCUCUAAUAAGCUGGUUCGACAAAGUUGGCGACGCCCCAGAUGAAGAUACAGGAAUGUGGAUAGUUCGUCCUGGAUUUGGAGCAGACAGUGCUCCAGGGUACGCGGUCAUUCAUAUUGACUCUAUUUAUCGUGCUGCGCAUCUUAUUCCCAUGUAUGGCGUGCAAUUUGUGCCCCGGGAGCUCAAAUUUUAUCAUUCAUAUGACGCAUUUCAAGCCUACUAUGUGAACAAAUACGCUGAUCACCACGCAUUCGAGAUUGCAUUUUGACUUCACUUUGUUUUGGAUACUAGCGUGUAGCUACUUAAACACAAUUUGACUAUAUACUACUAUUUUCGUUCUGAACGUGCCUUAUUUCCCUUUGCACCGACAAUUUCACUUAGCCACUCUGUGGCGCCUUUGAGAAAAUUCAGGACACCCAAUUAACACUCCUUAUAUUCAUUUUCGCGCCUUAGCGCUGGCGCCAAGGCGGGUAAAGUGAGAUAAUAGCAGAAAAUAAAAGUGAGGUUUUACUGAUGCCGCUGGGUCUCAGCCCAACUACUACCUCACUGUUUUUGCAUUAGACGAAGCUAGAUGAAAUGGACAACCUCUCAUUCUGCAAAUCAACCGACAGCAGUUAACUUGCUGUGCUGUAUCGCAGUCUUUCAAGAUCUGCGGCCACAGCGACAACUCGGCUAAUGGUUCUUCGAAGCUUCAAGAUCGAAUCCUUACUAUUGUCGCAAAGUCUGCACUUGAACAUACUAAGUGCACCUAUUUCUG